AUGGCCUCCACUGGGAGAAAACAGUCAAAGAAAACGAAGCAUGCAGAAGACUCAACUGACAUAAAAUCGUUUGAUUUCGCACUUGAGGACGAAAAGAAAGGACUGAGUUGUUCAGAGGAUGACAUCCGAGAAGGUAUCUAGCUAGCUAUGCAAAGGCAAUUGGUUUUCUGACCCCGGGCAUUUGGGCUAGCUAACUUACCAUCUGUGGUAUCUCUGAUCACCUUCAUCUCUGCCAAUGUCCAUAGAUGAAACUCCUGUCGUUGACAAGUUGGCCAAGAAAAGGUCAUUUGAGGAGGAUGAUCUAAAAGUUGGAGUGGGGUACGUAAAGUUAUAA